AUGAAGGCCGUCGUUUGUCUCACCCUACUCCGGCCACUCAGGGUAGGUGCCGACUGUCCUCUUAGCUACCGGUCUGCCGGAGGCUGCCGCUUCCCAGUCCCCUAGGGAUCACAGCGUUGGGGACAUUUACCUCCAGGCCCUCCUCAACCACGACAUGGUACAGUCCCAGAGUCGCAACAUCUGGCCAACAGACCCCACGAACACCGCAGCAGUUCUCCUCGACCACGACAUGGUACAGUCCCAGAGCCGCAACAUCUGGCCAACAGACCCCACGGACACCGCAGCAGUGCCCCAUCGGGCUCCACCGCCCACGUGCAUCGUCUCCGGAGCCCCAUACGUCCUGCAGGUGACAAAUCGACACGGAGGCUUCUCAGGGUAAGGCGGGCGAUCUGA